AUGAACAUCAAAGCUAGUCAGCCCCCUACUUCGUACACUUCUAUCAAUCAUGACAACAUAUCAUUCUCUCAUGUUCCAGCCAACUCACCAACGGCAACGAAGGUGGUCGUGGUGACGCUCAACCGUCCCGAGAAGUACAAUGCUAUGACACUGGACAUGUUUCUCAGCCUCGAGUCCUUCUUCAACAUGGUCAGCGAGGAUGACAGAGUACGUGCGGUAGUCCUGACAGGCGAAGGUAAAGCCUUCUCUGCUGGAGCAGAUCUUGAUGUAGGGUUCAUGGGUAUGGUCGCUUUGAAGGAGACCGAGGACUCCAUGAACGAGUUUAGAGACUGGGGCGGCCGACUCGCACUGGCCAUCUCAAACUGCAAGAAGCCCACGAUCGUGGCUUUCAAUGGGUCGGCCGUGGGUGUAGGCCUCACCAUGUCUCUUCCUGCCGCCAUCCGGGUUGCUUGGGAGGGUGCCAAAGUCGGCUUUCCUUUUGCUCGCCGUGGCUUGGUCCUCGAGUCGUGCAGCGCCUUCUUCCUGCCCAAGCUCAUCGGACUGUCUAAGGCGAGCCACGUCACGACCACUGGAGAUGUGUAUCCAGUCACCGAUCCACUCGUCAAUGGACUAUUCUCAAAGUUGCUUUCCACGCCUCAACAUACAGUCGAGUACGCACUCAAGUUGGCGGAGGACAUUGCGGAGAACACGUCCUUGGUUAGUACGAAGAUGAUGCAUGAUAUGAUGGUCUACUGUCCUCCAACACCCGAGGAGGCGCACAUCUUGGAUUCCAGAAUAUUCGUCCAGAUGGCUGGGACGAACGACAACAUUGAGGGGGUGAAGAGCUUUUUGGAGAAGAGGAAGCCCACGUUUACGGAUACGGUCAGUCGUGAGAGCAUGCCAUUCUGGCCUUGGUGGAAUAUAAAGACGGACAAUCGUCAAAUUGUCAGCUUCGAGAAGGCUUCCAAGUUGUGA